GCUUCUUCUUUGACUAUAUAUUUAGUGCACUUUCUGGGUGCUUCUUCCACUUCAAAACAACAAGAUGGCAGUACUUCUCUCUCUAAUUUGUUUUGUGGUUUUCUUUUCUCUCUGCAAUGGCUCUGCUUCUGCAGCUAUUACUGAUCAUCCGCAUCUUGAUGAACUUCUCCCAAAUGGCAACUUUGAAGAAUCACCAGCGAAAUCAAACCUCCAGAAGACAGUGAUCAAAGGAAAAUACUCGCUCCCAAGAUGGGAAAUCAACGGCUUGGUGGAGUACGUCUCGGGUGGGCCUCAACCAGGCGGCUUCUUCUUCGCCGUUCCUCGUGGGGUUCACGCGGUUAAACUAGGGAAUGAGGCCUCCAUCUCUCAAGGCGUGAACGUCAAUCCAGGCUCUAUUUACUCCAUCACGUUUGGGGCAACAAGAACUUGUGCUCAAGACGAAGUGCUGAGGGUUUCAGUCCCUGGUCAGUCAACAGACCUCUCUAUUCAGACCCUUUUUAGCAGUAACGGGGGUGACACUUAUGCCUUCGCUUUCAAGGCAACUUCUAAGGUUGUCAAGAUGACAUUUCACAACCCUGGGAUUCAGGAGGACCCCACUUGUGGACCCCUCUUGGAUGCCAUUGCAAUCAAGGAGUUGCUGCCCCUCAAGUAUAGUACCAGAGGUAACCUCGUGAAAAAUGCAGGCUUUGAAAUAGGCCCCCACGUUUUCAAGAACUUCUCCACCGGAAUCCUCCUCCCUCCAAAGCAACUUGAUCUAAUCUCCCCACUUCCCGGUUGGAUCAUCGAGUCCCUCAAACCAGUGAAGUACAUCGACAGGAAGCACUUCUACGUUCCCUCGGGACUCGCCGCAAUUGAACUGGUUGCAGGGCGAGAGAGCGCCAUUGCCCAAAUCAUCAGAACAGUUCCUGACAAGUUUUACAACCUCACAUUCACCAUUGGAGACGCUAAGAACGCCUGCCAUGGCGAUAUGAUGGUUGAAGCCUUUGCUGCCAAGGAAACUUUAAAAGUACCAUAUGUUUCUAAAGGAAAAGGAGGGUUUAAAACUGCUAGUUUCAAGUUCCAAGCAAUCUCGGCUCGGACAAGGAUAACAUUUUUCAGUGCCUACUAUCACACAAGGCUUCAUGAUUAUGGUCAUAUUUGUGGCCCUUUCUUGGAUGAUGUUAGGGUAUUUCCUGCCUACUAAUCCCAAGUAAUGUCUCUUGAAUAAGUUUUUUGAGUUGUAAGGUUUGCAUCUUUCUGUGGAAACAAACAGGGGUUCAAUUUUUUUUUUUGGAUAAAGGUCUUUAGAGAGAGGUCAUGUGAGUCAUAUGGAGUAGAUUUUUGUAUUCUCAUUCUAUUUACAUAGUGAUUUAUCGUCGGAUUUGUUUUUU